AUGCGCACUGUCUGCCGUAAGGUACGACUUUCUAGCAGUUUCAGCGAAGAAAUUGUAGAGUUUGCCAAGAGGGAUUUAGACUACGUCGUCGAACCGCAUAUCGUUGGAAUCGCGAUUAUCUUGCCUGUCCGGCCGUUCCGCGCCGUGAUGUGGAUCAAAGAGGCUUCUGGUGAUGUUGGUGAAGCUCACGAUUUUGGCCGCAGGGUCCUUCCAUAUCGGGUAAGCGAGGGUUGUGACUGUGACGUGACAUGGCUUGUCGAAUUUAACUUUCGUGUACCUUAUCUACAAGCCGAAAACGAAUUACCUGGACUGGUAUCAAAAGGAAUGGAGAUGACGAGGAUGAGGAUUGAAGCGUUGGAGCGCAAGAAAUACCAAAACUGUGCGUCAUUUCCGACGCCGCCGUCCGCCCGGAACGGCCUUCCGAAUCUCUCAUCAAAAUAUCGUUUGCCGAAAACGCGGGGAAGAUUCGGAUUAUCGGACUCAUUUUUGGUUGAGGCAUCCAGCUUUGUUACAGUCGAGACGAGGGAGAUCGAACGUGCCUUCAUUGAUAGCGAUGAUACUGAACGGAAGACAAGAAGGCUUGAGAGGGCGCCCAAGAGAAACUUGAGUGUUGUGUGGGAGAUGCCGGGGUGGAAGAAAUGCAGUAGGGAGCACGGUUCAAACGCUCCGUGGCGGGUCGGGGUAGCCAUAAGAGGAUGGGCACAUGUACCGAGGGAUGAAAUGCAGCAGAAGAGGCAAGAUGAGGCGACUUUCCAGAGUGAUGCCGAGACCGGAGGUGUCCGUGGCCAGCGGGCGACGGAAGCAAGCGCCGGACUGAACUGUGAUUCGUUAGUUCACGGAAACGGACCGAUGCCGAUGCCGAUGCCGAGCGUCCCAUACCAUUUAUCGGUCAGAAAUAAGCGCGACCCCUCCCUCUGCUCCCCUGCUAUCAUUCUCCUCCAACUCUCGUCACUCAUCGCGUUCAGCGACAGCGCACUCGCCGCCCCAGCAGCCGCCAUGCUCUCCGCCAAACCAAUGGAGCCCGUGGCGUACGCAUUUCCCUCGGCGAAGGCUCUUCCCCCAUCUUCCCCUGACCAAGGUCCUGUCAAGAGCGCGGCUGGCCCCGCCCCAUUGCAUAUCGUCACCACGUCCGGCCGCAGACUGUCAACCGUGGGCGCACCCCAGCUCCCGACUCCCUUUCCGCGACGUGUCUCCGCGGAUGACGUCGCUGCUCACUCAUCGUCCAUGUCGCGCCCGUUGUCCAACUCGUCCCAGGACCCGUCUCCGACCGAGAGUGUUCGUGCUCGAGCAGCCAGCCAGACGAACCUGCUAGCUGUGCCCGAGGUCGAUGACGCUGGCCGUGCCGCUCAGGAGCAGGCCAACCCGUCUCAUCGAUCCUCCAACCUCUCCAUCUCUCUGCCGUCCUCUCCUCCCACUAUCUCUCCCGCGUCGCCAGCCACGCUCACACCUGCCGAGCAGACAUCAACGAGCCCGUCGCGCUUUGCUAAUCCUAAACGGCGGCGAAGCCUUUUUGGGCUUCGCUCUCCGUUCACGCCCCCGACUACGCCAUCAACGCCAAGUGAACCGCAAGGCACACAGCCGGUCGCCAGUUCCGCGGCGCCGGCGGCGGAUUCGUCGACAUCUACAUUGACCGUCCCGAUGAAGUCAAAACACGAUCACAAGAACCCGCUGCACGAGCUCAAGCGCUUUCUAAACCAUCAUAUUCCCCACCACCAUGGACAUCAGACUCGUUCAUCCGGGCAGCUUGCUGUGCAAAAGCGCGCUGUGUCGUCUUCUGCGUCUUCUAGUACUGGUUCACAAACGGGAACCACGAUACACACUCCCUCAGAGGCUCAUGAGACUCCAGCUACGCAAGUACGUGGUCCUGGGUUUACAAAUUUAGAGAUGCAUGGUACAGGCGACAACACUCCGCAUCCGGUAAUCCAGGCGACCAACGGCAAAAUGCCACCCACGCACGAGCGUGAGCCUCAAAAGUCUCGAGUGGCGUCGGCCUUCUCUCGGAAGGACUCGGAGAAGAAGAGAUCAAUAGAUAAUACAGAGAAGCAGAGCAGCGAUAGCGAUGUACCUGUGACGCAGGACGUCGUGAGGCACGCAAAAGGUCGACCAGACAGCUCGCUCAUCGAUGAUGCUUCAUCGGUCUCUCCGAAGAAGACAUCGUCAUCUAGUACUAACGCGACUAAGGCGAGCAAGUCUGGGAGAGCCUCACCUUCUGAUUCCGGACACGGCACGAUUAGCCUCAGCCACCUCCAGCAUGUGUUGCACUCAGCCGGUAAUCGCCAUCAGCACGGUUCACAGCAGCAACUUGGACAGAAGGUGCAUGGACACAACGCGAUUCUUACAUUAUCGGAAGCUACGCACGCUCACUUGUCGAAAAAAUACGGCAAAUGGGGUCGUACGCUAGGCUCUGGCGCAGGGGGUACAGUUCGCCUGAUAAAGGCUUCCUCGAAAUCCGGUGGUCGAAUUUUCGCCGUUAAGGAGUUCCGCCCGAAACGUAAUGGUGAAUCCGAGAAAGAGUAUCAGAAGAAGGUUACUGCAGAGUUUUGUGUCGGAAGUACGCUGCAUCAUCCGAACAUCAUUGAAACGGUGGACAUUGUCAUGGAGUACGCUCCUUUUGACCUGUUCAGUGUGGUUAUGUCUGGAAAAAUGUCACGACCCGAGAUUUACUGCGUUUUUCGUCAAAUUUGUGACGGAGUAGAAUAUCUGCACUCGAUGGGUCUUGCUCACCGGGAUCUUAAACUUGAUAACUGCGUUAUGACCGAGGAGAAUGUUGUUAAGCUUAUUGACUUCGGCACGGCCACCGUCUUCCAUUACCCUGGGAAGCAGCAAGUCAAGGCGACUGGCAUUGUCGGUUCAGAUCCCUACCUUGCCCCGGAAGUCCUCUCGGAAGAGAAUUACGAUCCUCGUAAAACGGACGUUUGGAGUGUCGCGAUGAUCUUCCUCUGCAUGGUACUUCGACGUUUUCCGUGGAAGCUACCUGAUCCUAAGACGGACCCGAAUUUCCGGAACUUCGUGCAUGCACAUCCUGACCUUUGCGAGAAGCCGCCGAAGAAGGGGCUCUCGAAUUCUACUGUGACUGCCAUAUCGAAGGGUAACUCUCUUCGUCAGUCAUCGAGAUCAGCCAGUGCUGGAUCUGCCGACCAAGAUUCAAGUGUUGCGUCAUCCGAAACGUUCGCGUCCUCGUUGCUUGCGCCGAGUGAUUGUAGCUCGGAAAUCACCGUACCCACUUCAGAAUCUGGUAGCGAUGGUUGUAGUAACGGUGAUGCAAAUUCGCUAUACAAGAACGAGUAUCUAGACGCUCAGGCACACCACCCUUGUGGUUCUAUUGCAACAUUGCCCGCCUUACUUGUUCCCGAUCAACCCUUGGCUCAGUCGGAAAGCCCCCGUGCUGUUGAUCCCUCCGACUUGAAGUUCGCCAGACCCUCUGCUGAAACUACGUCUGCUCCGGCAUCGCCUGUUCUCCGCCCAACAGAUGUCAGCCCCGAAUUGGAGGAUCCUUCAGUGGCAGCUGCACUUGAGACACCGAAGGCGGAGCGUCGCCCACCGCGUUCCUCGUCUACACCAAUCUCUCCCUCAGAUGACGCUCCUACUCCUGUUUCUCGCGUACCUCGUCAAGAAGUUGACGAUGCUUCUACCAAAUCUGGUACUCUUACGGUGCCAGCCCCACGUAAGAGGACAGACAGCGUUGUCACGACAAAUGCCGGAGGUGCGGAUUCGAUAUUCCGCCUGCUUCCGCGCGAAACCCGCAGUGCGCUCCGACGCAUGAUGCAUGUUGAGCCGACGGCACGAUGCACUCUCACAGACUUGCUUAAGGGAAAGGGUAAACACAGUGCUUUGCUAUGUGGUUGCACUACCGCAAGCGGUACAAAGCCGACGGAGUCAGGUAUCGAUAGCCCCGGACAUUGUCAAGACCACUGCUGCGAUCCCGAAGACGAGGACGACGGUGACGAGUGGUUGAAGAGCAUUACACCUUGCUAUGCUAACGUCAAGAAGCCAGACCAUAGCCACGUCAAGGUGACUGUUGAAGACAAACCUGCCAAGAAGCGGUUGUUUUAG